CAUGAGAGGAGAGGCGAAACGCGAGACCUUCCUAAAGAGACGCCUUUCUUUCACAGAGUCUCUUCCCGCCUCUUUUCUUCCCGCAGCGCCUGGCGAAGGCGUCGCUAAAGAGUCAUUACAGGUGAACAGGGAGGAAGGAGCUUACCGUAAAGCUGCCAAGGCGGCGACGAAGCUAGGUAGGCUGGGACCAGUCGCCCCGUCUCUGGACCGAGCCAAGAAGGUGAAACCGAGCCCAACGGAAGAAGCCUUCCCCGGGGUGCGCAGCUGGUUUGUGACAGCCAACAGGUUUCCUCGCCCGCGCGGAGCUGAGAAAGGCUGAAGAACAUACAAACAGCUAUGAACUGGGCAGCACUCCAGUCCAUCUUAGGAGGUGUAAACAAACACUCAACGGGUAUUGGGAAAAUAUGGCUCACUGUCCUCUUUAUCUUCCGUGUCAUGAUUCUUGUGGUUGCUGCGGAAAACGUCUGGGGAGAUGAGCAGCAAGAUUUUACUUGUAACACUCUACAACCUGGAUGUAAAAAUGUCUGCUAUGAUGAAUAUUUCCCAGUUUCUCACAUUAGACUUUGGGCUCUCCAACUUAUCUUUGUCUCCACUCCCGCACUUUUGGUGGCGAUGCAUGUUGCCUACAGAAGGAAUGAGAAGAAACGGAAAUACCGACAUGGAGAGAAAAUCGACAUUGAAAAGCUGAAAAGCCAAAAGGUUCACAUCGAGGGGCCCCUAUGGUGGACAUACACCAGCAGCCUCUUCUUCCGAAUUAUCUUUGAAGCUACCUUCAUGUACAUAUUUUAUUACAUGUACGGAGGGUACAAUAUGCCUGUUGUAGUGAAAUGUACUGAUUUUCCUUGCCCAAAUACAGUAGACUGUUUUAUUUCUCGACCCACUGAGAAAACUGUAUUUACUAUUUUCAUGCUGGCUGUGUCAGGCGUAUGUAUGCUCUUAAAUGUACUUGAGUUAUCUUAUUUGAUGCUAAAGUCUUGCACAAGGAAGCCUAAAAAUGUAAAAUCACUGCCCAGUCAUUAGUUGUUUAUAUGCUAUGUACCUAAUUUUCUAAUUUAUGCAUUAGUUAUGGGAAAUGGUCAGCAAUAUUUCCAGGCUUCCUGAAAAUUACUUGGUGCAGUUUCUUAAUGGCCAUUGUGUUCUGUUCAGCUGUUGCUCGAGAGUGGCCUUCCCCAACAUGAUGCCCUUCAGUUAUUUUGGACUAUAACUCCCAUCAGCCGCACUCAGCAAGGUCAGAGAAGAUGGGAGUGGUAGUCCAAACAUCUGGAGGACACCUAGUUGGGAAAGGCUGCUCUAGUAUUUGCAAUAAAGUGGGGCUUCAUGCUGCCAUCUGAAAUUACCCUAAGUUGAUUCUGCUGCUUUGAUUCACCUGUUUUUAAAGAAAAUAUAGAGUACUUGGCUUAAAAAUAAUUGCAGUCCAUCUUCCUAUGGAAUCCACCAUUCAGAAAUGCUACUGUCAGUGCAAGCUGAUGAUACUCAAGCACAUGUAUGAUUAAAUUUGUGCAAAGGCUAGUCUUUUGCAUAUAGGUCUGAUUUUUCAGGCUAUGGGAGGAAAGUGUACAGCCUUCAAACAUCAUGAAUAUUUAUCAGGUGUUUUAUUGCCAUAUUAUUACCUACAUUUCCUUGACUUCUUUAUCCCCUCAGCUAACUGGUUGGUUUUAACUAUGAUUUACAACCCUGGCUUGUUCAAAUAAACUAUGGUUUGAAGUUGGCAUGUUUGAACAAACCAUAGUUAAAACAGUUUGUCCCAGUCUGAACAUAAGGGGAAAAAAACAUGGUUUAGUUGAAAACAGUAGCAAAUGCUUCCAAUUUCUUCCUUGCAACUGCACCAGAGGAGGAGAACACAGGGGGAGUGCAGAAGUUCAAGGCUCAUUCAUUUCCAGGAGCAGAAGCAGUGUGCCCCCUCUGAAUAUCAUUUGUUGGGGAACAAUAAUGGGGCAGUGCUAUUGUGCUCUGCUCAUGUCCUAUUUGUGUGCUUCCCAUAGGUAUCUGGUUGGCCACUGAGGAAACAGGAUGCUAGACUAGAUAAACCUUUGAUCUCAUCCAGCAGAGUUCUUCUUAUAUGCUUUUACACAGCACCCAAAACCAUAGUUGAGUGUUACAUCCGAAAACAGCUAAUCAUUCCUAUUCUAGAAUAGAUUGUGGAAGACCUGGUUAGCUUUCAAAAUCUUUACAAGAGAGUUUACUGGGUCUUGAUGCUAUAAAAACUGUAUCUUCUAUGUUUAUUUCCCCUUGUUAAUGUGUAAAUGUCAUCAAAUUGUGGAGAAUAGUUUUGGUCUGCACAUAACCACAUGAAAUUGCAAAAAUAACCACUAUU